AUGUCGUCAGCAACUCCUAAAUCAAAAAAGGGCAAGACUGCACCUCCUCGCGGCCGUCCCACCUCUUCUUCCGUCCUCUCUCAACCCGUAGUCGAAGAUGCAUCCUCAUUAACUGCACUCUCCACCUUCUCGCCCAAAGGCAAUUACUUUGUCCUUCUAUCCUUGGCAAUAGACAAGCAUCGUCUACGUGUACAUGAUACUGCUACAGGACAGAGCAUAGCGGAACACAUCGUCCAGGACGCACGAGUUGCCACACUUUCGUGGACUGAGCUCGGUUCUUCGGAACAUCAGGAAGAACCUAUGGAGGAAGACGACGCACCGAAGAAAAAACGUAAAAAGCGGAAUAGUCUCGCUACCCAGGCGAGUUCGACAAAUGCCUCUGAGACUUCGCAGGUCGUACUUCUGGGUCUCUCGAACGGCUCGCUACUUGUCUUCUCUCCUUCCCAUGGUCGCGUCCUCCGUACCCUGUCACAUUCGUCCAGCACCGCCGCUAUCCUCUCCCUUUCUGUCUCACAAGACGCAUCAAGCAUCUGGACUUCCAGCGCAGACAGCUCCGUUCACGUCUGGAACGCACACAGUGGCGAGCAUCUCUCAUCGUGGAAGACAGACGACCGGAUACCAUGCACGUCCCUCAGCAUGUGUAAAUCGAAUUCUAACGAUCAAGUCGACUUCCUUCUGGCCCAUCAUAGUAUCCGCCUCCUUUCCUCCGCCUCUCCCUCUUCUCCUUCAGGUUCAUCAAAACCGAAGGAGCUGGCCACUUUUACAGGACAUGCCUCAAAUAUCACCUCUAUACAUUGGGUCGAAGGGUCUAUACCAAAACGAUUCGUCUCCAUGGCUGAGGCCGACCGUCAUGUUUAUGUCUGGGAGGUCCCAGAAGCGUCUACCACGGAGGGAAAAUUGGUCGCUUCUAUACCGCUGGACUCGGAUGCGCGACAAAUAUCAGUAAACGGACGACAUCUUCUCGUUCUCUCCGCGUCGGGGAAGAUCAGUGUGUUCGAACUCGAUUCGGAGUUCUCCUCGAGCUCUCCUACGAAGAAGUCCAAACAAAAGGUUCUUACUCUCAGUCCUCGUUCGACCGUCUUCACCAAGGCCAAACGUGGAACAACACCUGUAGAGAUUGCAUCGGCGGCUGCUGUUCAUGGACAGGAGGGGCACGUACGUAUGGCGCGGUUGAUAGGCGGCGUACGACCAGUAUUUGACGUUGUUGAAUAUCUCGAUCAGUUUGGAAACUUCAUUCCAGAGGUCAUCGUUAUGAAGGACGUAUACUCUGGCCUGGUUGAUAGUGCUGAUGUUGCACUUGGGCCUUCGACGAAGCGUUACGCUGAGUCUUCGAACCUCGCUGUCCGAUCAGGUGUCGAACUCGGCCAAGAACCCUCGACAGACGACCUCGCGCUCCGUGACAUUGACGGCGCCCUCGAUGUCGAUAUUGCUGAACUCAGCCUAGGACAACGUCUUACCGCUUUAGACCCUGGCACUCCCGCCACUCGUCGCACCGCUGCCGAUGCGGACUCUGACUCGUCAGUCGAAGACAACGCUGCUCCCAAUGGUCGUAAUUCCCAUCGUCGGCAGCAGACGCAAGACGAUUCCACUGCCACACCAGCCAUGUCUUCCAUCACGCUCACUCGCACUCUCAUCCAAGCUCUUCACUCAUCGGACUCGAAACUACUCGAGAUGUGUCUGUCACAUUCGGAUUCUGGGUUGAUCAUGCAUACAGUAAGAAGAUUGCCGCCACAGCUGGCUGUUCCGCUUGUAGUGGCGUGUGUUGAGAGACUGGGGAGGGGAAAGAGGGCGGGAAGCGGCAAGGGUGGUGGGGCGGGAGCGAGUAGUCAGAGGGGAAUGGGUUUGGUGAGAUGGGUUAAGACGGUGUUAGUUGUGCACAGUGGACAUCUGAUGACCAUGCCCGAUUUGGUCGCACGGUUAUCUGGUCUUCAUGCCACACUCACCACACGACUGACACUUCAAGAUUCUCUGCUCUCGCUGUCUGGACGGCUUGAGAUGGUUCUACAGCAGAUCGAGCUCCGAUCUUCCGCUGCGCCUGCUCCAAUAUCUCAACCGCCGCAGUCAUCAAAAGCGGGUAAGAAGAAGGGAGGGAAGGCGAAUGGCAUCGUUGCGAGAGAACCCGUGAGGUACGUGGAGGGUGAGAGUGAAGAUGAAGAUGAGGACGCUGGAGCGAUGGAUAUGGAGGUCGAGGAAGGAAGCGAAGCUGGGAGUAUUGAAGACGUGGAAUUGGGCGGGGAAAGCGCCAGUGAGGAUGGGAGCGAUGAAGAACAGGAUGAAGAGGACGAAGAACUUGAUGACGACGAUGAGGAUGACGAGGACGAUGACGAGGAAGGUGCCCCGAAAUUAAACGGUUUCGUAGAUGACGAGGCAGAGGAAGACGAGGACAGCGAGGAAGAGAGCGAAUGA